UUCCCAUAUUCAGUUCCGGAAUCAGCGCAACCCCAUUUCAUCUCUUACACUCCCUCCCUCACUACUCUCAGACACAACAACUUGUCCUCCACCAUGUCAAACCCCCUACAUUUCUCUCUCCUCCUCCUCCUCCUCCUCCUCCUCCUUCUCCUAACACCCUCUCUUUCCUUCGCCACCGACCCCGCCACCUCCUCCGACGUCGGCGAUGAAUUAUCCGAAAUCGAAGAACUCCAAGCAAUCGACGAUCAAGAAGAACUCGACAAUCUUCAAAAUGGAACUCCGUCACCAUCAUCAGGAGCCAGUGUAUUGAGCAAAGCGCAGAGAAUUGUGGUAGAAUUGAACAAUGAUAACACCCAGAAAAUCAUUGACCAAAAUGGGUUUGUUCUUCUUCUGGGUUACACCCCUUGGUGUCCCCGAAGUGCUGAAUUAAUGCCGCAAUUUGCCGAAUCUGCUAAUUUGUUGAAUGAUCUGGGUUCACCCCUUUUAAUGGCGAAACUCGAUGCUGAAAGGUACCCUAAAACGGCGUCGUCAUUGGGUAUUAAGGGUUACCCUACUCUCCUCCUCUUCAUCAAUGGCACUUCUCAGCCUUACACCGGUGGAUUUACUGCGGAGGAAAUAGUGAUCUGGGCAAGGAAGAAGACAGGUGAGCCUGUUGUUAGAUUGAAUUCAGUCUCUGAAGCUGAGGCGUUUGCUAAGAAAUACAGUAUGUUUGUUGUUGGGCUGUUUGAGGAUUUUGAGGGUCCUCAGUAUGAUGAAUAUAUCAAAGCCGCAAUUUUGGACAGUGAAAUUCAAUUUGUUGAAACUAAAUCUGAUGAGGCUGCAAAAAGUCUUUUCCCGGAUAUCAAGCCUGCAAAACCAUUUGUUGGUCUUGUCAAGAGUGAACCAGAAAGAUACACAAGUUUUGAAGAGCCCCUAGAGAUGGACAACAUAUUGCAAUUUUUGGAACAUAACAAGUUUCCGUUAGUUACAACUCUAACUGAGCUGAAUUCUGUGAAAGUCUACUCCAGCAAACUUAAAUACCAGGUUUAUGUGUUUGCAGAGCCUGAUGAGUUCAAGCCCCUUCUUCAGUCUCUUCAAGAAGUGGCCAAAAAAUUUAAGUCAAAGAUAAUGUUCAUAUAUGUGGACAUUACUGAGGAGAACCUAGCAAAACCUUUCCUGACCCUGCUGGGACUAGAAGAUUCUCAGAAGACUGUUGUUGCUGCUUUUGAUAGUAAAAUUAGCACUAAAUAUCUGUUGGGAUCAGAACCAACUCCUAGCAAAUUAGAAGAUUUCUGCUCAGGGCUGUUGGAUGGAACUGUUCCAAUGUAUUAUAAGUCACAGACUAUACCUGAUAAUGAAAAUGCUAGUGUCCACGUUGUCGUGGGGAAGACAUUUGAUGACCUGGUUUUGAGUAGUUCCAAGAAUGUUUUUCUUGAGGUCUUCACACCAUGGUGCAUUGCUUGUGAUGCUGCUAGCAAGCAAGUAGAAAAGUUGGCGAAACAUUUCAAAGGAUUGAAAAAUCUUAUAUUUGCGAGAAUAGAUGCUUCUGUGAAUGAGCAUCCAAAACUUCAGGUCACCGACUACCCAGCGCUACUGUUUUAUCCAGCAGCUGAUAAAUCGAAUCCAAUUAAACUGCCAUCAAAGUCCAGUUUGAAGGAUUUAGGAGCAUUCAUCAAGAAAAAUGUCAAAGCUGAAGAACAUGCAGCUAAAGAUGAAUUAUAGAAUUUCUGUAACUUUCAGUUUCUCAGAAUCUCGGGUCCAACGGCAAUUAGAACACGAAACCCUGAAAAGAAAGAGGUUUAAAAGUCGUGUGUAGAUUCGAGGGAAUCGAGAUUAAUUUUAUGAAGAUAAAUUUUGUAACAGAAACCACAGGUAUUUUUAGACUGAUAGAAUGAAUUUCUUUUCUAGUUUUGAGUAAAAAUAAACAGUUGGAAUAUUGAAUUCAAUUCCCAUGUAAAUGGUCUAUCACACAUUAUUUAAGGGAUUGACAGAUCAAUUGUGUAUUGGGCCUUUGGGCUUUGGGUCCAUACACAGGUUAUCUUCUUGGAUGACUAAAUAUGUUUUUGCCCACAAUCAAAAUUAAUGUCCUCUGUAUGGUAUAAAUGGCAAUAUUGGAUAUUUGGAUGUCCCAAGUAAAAUUUUCAUUUUCAGUCCAAAUAUCACAAGUUAUAGAGUA